AUGCUCUUCUCUUGCCCCUCCCUCUCCUUGGCCGCAGCCGUCCUGCUCCUCCUUGGACCCGCACGCGCAGAAGGAUCCUACGACUACAUCAUCAUCGGCGGCGGGACAUCCGGGCUCCUCCUAGCAACCCUGCUCUCCACCAAUCCCAACACCACUAUCGCCGUCCUUGAAUCCGGCCCUGACGCCCGUACAGACCCUCGCAUCACCAUUCCCGAGAAUGAAGGCACCAUCGUCGCCACCACCUAUGACUGGAACUUCACCAGCAUACCCCAGACCUCGCUGCUCGACCAGGCCGUCAUUGCCUACCCGCGCGGCCGCGUGCUAGGGGGCACCGCAGCCAUGAACUUUAUGCUUUGGCACCGGGCCUCGUCCGUCGAGCUGAAUGCUUGGGAGGAUGUGCUGAACGUCUCGGGGGGUUGGGACUGGGAUGCGCUAUUUGCGGCUUCGCGGGACGGGGAGACGUUUAUGCCGCCUCCUGAGGACCUGGAGGCGGAAGGUUUAACGUGGGAUGCGGCGUUUCAUGGCUUUGAGGGGCCCGUGGCGGGAAGCAUGGCGCGCAACGUGUACUCGCUGUAUGAGGACUAUGUAGUUCCCUCGCUGGAGGCGCUUGGUGUGCCAAAACUUGUGGAUGUGGACGGCGGGAACACGACGGGAAUGAGGUAUGGGCCGUUGGCGGUGAAUGCGAGCUCGUACACGCGGUCGUAUUCAGGUUCGGCAUACACGAAUGUCGAGAGCAGGCCUAACUUGGUGGUAUAUACCAACACCACCGCCACGAGAAUCCUGUGGUCUGAUAAUGAUGAUGACGACGACGAGUCCUUCUCCUCAGACGACGAACUCGCGAUCGCCAGUGCCGUAGAGUUUAUAGACCCGUCCAGUGGAAAUCUGGCCAUUCUCAACGGCACAAACAUCAUCGUCUCAGCCGGCUCGAUUCAGAGCCCCCCUCUUCUCGAGGUAUCUGGCAUCGGCGACCCAGACAUCCUCUCCAGCCUGGGCAUUCCAACCAUCGUCGUCGAUCUGCCAGCCGUGGGCAGCGGAUUCCAAGACCACCUCACAUAUGCCGGGAUCUUUGGCUACAACACGUCGCUCAACCUGACAGGCGACCAGUACAUUCAGGAUUUUCAGGACUACGCGCAGCCGAGCCGGUUUCUAUCCGAGGAGGACUACGCCUUUGCGAGCAAUCUGCUGUUCAACAACGACUCGAUGAAUUCGCUGACGGGGGCCUCGAAUGCGAGCCUUGCCAUGCUAAGAGCGAUGUGGACGGCGGACCAGCCGUUGAUCGAGUUCGGGUGGUUCUUGGGGUUCGUGACUGGCUACGUGCUGCAUCCCUUGAGCAGUGGUUCCGUACAUGCAGCAGCAGGAGCAGCAGCACAACAGCCCUUGAUCGACCCAAACUUCAACGGCGCGAGCAUCAACGGGACAUCCUUCGAUCUGUGGCUCCUCGCCAAGGCCCUCCAAUACUACGCCACGACGGUGGCCUCGUCUGGGCCCCUCGGUGCCAAUGGGGCCGAGUUCAGCAUUCCAGGUACUUUAUCCUUUGAGGAUUUCCAAGCCGAGGUGUUGGAGGGGUUGACCAGCGGGAGCCAUCCUACCGGCGGGUGCGUGAUGAUGCCGCGCGAGCAAGGAGGGGUGGUGGACGGGUCGUUGAGGGUGUAUGGCACCGCGAACGUCAGGGUUGUGGAUGCGAGUGUGAUUCCGAGCAGUCCUGGACAACAUGCCAUGGGGUUGGUGUACGCCAUUGCAGUCAGGGCAGCGGAGAUCUUGCAGGGUGAUGCUGCUUACUGA